AUGACUGUCAGCUGCUCUGCUAUAACUGGCUAUAAUGUUUACAUGCAGUUUAAUGGAGGAGAAGGAGGCCCGCUUGAUAAUCAGGACCUUCCACAUGAGAUUGAUAUUACUGUCACUUGCGACAGUGCUGAUCAAGUUUGGAAUUAUGUGGUUACAUUGAAUGGUAUCACUUACACAAGACCAAUCACCUCAGUGACGUGUGCAGAACUUGCCACUACCACUACAGUUUUAAACGCCUGUUCUCCCACUCUGAUCGCCUUAGAUCGUGGAGACAACAAUAACCCUCAAAUAAACGUGGAAGUCACAUAUUCAGGCUACUCGUAUACUGCAAUAUCUGGAUCUAGCGAGACAAUGUCCACUAUGAUUAUCCGCUGCUCAGCGAUCAAUAAUUACAAUGUUUUCAUGCAGUUUAAUGUGAACGAAGGAGGACCGCUCGUUGAGCAGUUCCUUCCUCAGACGAUUGCUGUUAAUGUCACGUGCAACAGUGCAAAUCAAGUUUGGAUUUAUGCGGCUGAAGUUAGUGGUGUAAUUCAUACAAGAGACAUCAGAUCAGUUGCGUGUCAGCAGGCACCUAAUGCUUGCUCACCGACGACUAUCAUGUAUGGAGAGGGUGAUAAUGAAAGUCCACAACUAAACGUUGAUGUAACAAACUUCGGUUUAACUUCAACUCAAAUUGCUGGAACUCAGGAUUCAAUUUCCACGAUGAAAAUUUCAUGCAUGGCCAUAGAUGGAUAUUAUGUGAACAUGGAAUUUAAUGAGAAUGGACAAGUCAAAGAAAACCUAGAUAGUAUCCAAAACAUAACUGUCGAAGUCACAUGUGACAGUCGUACUAUGGAGUGGAUAUAUUCUUCAGUUUUAGACAAUGGAGACGUAUACACUCACACGGUUACUUCCGCGGAGUGUCUCCAGAUUGAAGAAACUCCACCACUCAGAACAUGCUCUGCAUCAACAAUUACCUAUGGCAUGGGUGAUACAAAUAACCCACAACAACAAGUCGAUGUGACUAAUUUUGGUCUAACAUUCACUCCAAUCGCUGGCACUAUGGAUACAACAGCUUCUAUGUCGGUGUCAUGCACAGCUAUCGAUGGAUACGUAGCCUAUAUGACAUUCCCCCCUAAUCGACAACCAUUAGAAAACGGACAAGGAGCAGAUGCUCCUCAAACUGUGACUAUUACUGCAACGUGUAGUAGUGUGGAUGAAGUUUGGUAUUACAAUACUAUUUUGCCGGAUGGUAAUCCCUAUACGGAAGCAAUUACUAGUGUGACUUGUACACAGUCAAUAACAGAAGGGCCGGCUCCAUGUAAUCCGGACGCGAUUUCUUACGGAGUGGGAGAUGGUGGGACUCCGGAGGUAGAUGUUACUGUCUCUUAUACCAAUUUUAUGUCUACAACCGAUAUGGCUACUGGCGUAAUCUAUUCAUCCAUGACAGUAACAUGCUCUGCAAUCAACGGUUACAAUGUCUAUAUGAUAUUCAAUGGAGGUCAAGGCGGCCCAGCUGACAACCAAAACAUGCCGCAGUCGAUAUCCAUACGAAUGGAAUGCAACACUGAAAAUAGGAUCUGGAAUUACGUCGUCACUCUCAACGGAGUCACCUAUACACGAGCGGUUUCGCAGGUUGAUUGUCAGCAAGCACCGAAC